AUGCGAGAGAUCGUGCACAUUCAAGCUGGCCAGUGUGGUAACCAAAUUGGUGCUAAGUUCUGGGAGGUGAUCUCCGACGAACACGGCAUUGAUCCAACCGGGACGUAUCACGGAGAUUCUGAUCUACAAUUGGAACGGAUCAACGUGUACUACAAUGAGGCAACCGGUGGAAAGUACGUCCCUCGCGCUAUUUUGGUCGAUCUUGAGCCCGGGACCAUGGAUAGCGUUCGUGCUGGCCCGUUCGGUCAGCUUUUCCGACCGGACAACUUCGUGUUCGGUCAGAGUGGCGCCGGUAAUAACUGGGCCAAGGGUCACUACACCGAGGGUGCCGAGCUUGUAGAUUCAGUCGAAUACCAACAAUAUCAAGAUGCCACCGCCGACGAGGAGGGCGAGUUUGAUGAAGAAGCCGAGGAGGCGUGA